UUGAGUCGUCAUUAUUCUGAUUUUAUUGUUACACUUGAUCCUUAAAUUAUUCUUAAGUUCAACAAAAUGGAGUCUACCGAUACAAUAAACUAUGCUGCUGAAGUAAAAGAAGAACCUAAUGAUAUGAGUUAUUACGAAAAUGAUGGUGGCCAAAAGAAAAACCAAACCUUCGGAUGUCUGCAAGAAAAUACCAUUCACACGCUUGAACAACACAGAGAAAACCAUGAAUUCGAACCUAACCAAAAAAUUAAAAUAGAAUUUGAGUGCAAAGAUGUGAAACCCAAUGUGGAUUUAUUAGUACUUGAUAAAGUGAGCGAAGGUAUCCGUGGAAUUCAACCGAUGCAAGAAAUUAAAAUAGAGUUUGAGUGCAAAGAUAUGAAACCCAAAAUGGAUUUAUUAGUAACUGAUGAAAUGAACGAUUGGUCUAAUCAAUGUAAAGAUGUGAAAACUAGCUAUAAUCGUAUUUCUUCUUCGAUUAAAAUAGAAAAUGAGAGGAUAGUAAAAAACGAGAUCGAUAAAACCUUCGAUAUAAAUACUAGCUGCACAUUCAACGGACAGAAUAAGAAAAUUCAUCAUCCAAUGAAGAAAAGUAAGCGAUCUAAUCAAUGUGAGAUGUGUUUUAAAAAAUUUGCUUCAAAACAAAACCUGAACUUUCACAUUGAUUCGGUGCACCAUCAUAUUACUUACUCGUGUGAAAUUUGUGGACAAUCAUUUUCCCGUAAGAGCAAUCUCAAAGUUCACAUUGAUUCAGUGCAUAAUGGUCGAAAAUAUCACAACUGCGAUACGUGCGGAAAGUCAUUUGUGCAUAAGCAAGGUUUGAGAAUUCACAUUGAUUCGAUACAUAAUCAUAUCAAUCACCCAUGUCACACGUGUGGCAAAGCUUAUCUCAAAGUCCACAUUGAUUCAGUGCACAAUGGUACCAAACAUAAAUGUGAAAUAUGCGGAAAUUUAUUCAAUCAACAAGCUACUCUUAAAACCCAUAUUGAUUCGGUGCACAAGGGCAUUUCUUAUCCAUGUGACAUUUGUGGAAAGUCGUACAAAAGUAAAACUUAUUUCAAGUUGCAUAUUGAUUCAGUGCAUAAUGGUCGAUAG